AUGCCUCGUGCACCACCUCCUAGCUUAGUGAUCCCAGAAUCCUACGCCUCUCUCCCAUUGCGCCAGAUUACGGUAUCUAAUGUUCCAUACUCAUCGUCGACGGUGACACCAGUUCUUGUCAUCACUUUGAAUAGACCCGAGAAGCUCAAUGCAUUCACCGAUAUCAUGCGAGAAGACCUGGAACAGGUCUAUGAGCUUGUCGAUAUCGAUCCGAGAGUCAAAGCCGUAGUUUUGACAGGUGCAGGAAAGAGCUUUUGCGCUGGAGCAGACCUGGAGAUCGGAUUUCCUGGUGUACGAGAUGCGAACGGCAUCGUGAGAAGACCAAAGGUAGAGCGCGACGUGGAUCAUCGGGAUGGCGGUGGAAGGGCAACUCUGGCUAUUCAUCAUUGUUCAAAGCCCACUAUUGUGGCCUUACAAGGUUCAGCUGUUGGUGUUGGCAUCACCUUGACACUUCCAGCCUGCAUACGUGUGGCAUACGCAAAAGCAAAAAUAGGGUUCGUCUUCAGUCAGAGAGGUGUGGUCAUGGAGGCAUGCUCCAGCUAUUUUCUACCACGCUUAGUGGGAUACUCGAGAGCAAUGCAUCUCGCUACUACUGGAGGUGUCUACCAAGCCGACCACAGGCUAUUCGAACCACUCUUCUCGGAAUUAUGCUCAACCCCCGAAGCUACUCUAGCACGAGCGCUCGAGAUUGCGGAUCGUUUGGCAAAGAAUACAUCAGUCGUCUCGACGAAGAUAAUGAGGGAGCUCCUAUACAGAGGUCCUGAUAGCGUGGAGGAAGCUCAUCUUCUCGAUUCACAGAUGAUCUACGGACUCUACGGGCGGAAAGACAACCUUGAAGGCGUUGCGAGCUUUCUACAGAAGCGACCCGUGAACUUUGAGGGUAAAAUGCCUCAGGAUGCGCCUGAUGGUUACCCCUGGUGGAAGCAGGUUGACAUCGGCGACAAGCCACUUGAGUAUAAUUAUGAGAAAUCGAAGCUGUAG